AUGAUGGAUAUGGGUCAAGCGACUACGACAGCCAUGGCGAUGGCAAGCUCGACCAGCACAGCUUCAGGAGAUAUGUCCAGCGAUAGCAUGUCCAUGUCAAUGGCUGAUAUGGCAAUGACAUUUUUCGAAGCUGUUCAAACCCCACUCUACUCAGACGCGUGGACGCCAGGCAAUGCAAGUCAAUACGCCGGCACCUGCAUCUUCCUUAUUAUCCUCGCCUCGAUUCUGCGCCUGCUUCUCGCCGUCAAGCCGAUACUCGAGGAGCGCUUCUGGAGAAAUCUACCCACCUACAACAUCGGCAAAGACACAGAAAGCUCUCCUUACGCAGAAAGUGUUGAGCCUGGAAAAGCUGGUGUACUGGUUCGGAAAGAUAUCGUCGUAAGAUGGAAGGGAUGGCGAGUUGGUGCUGCAGCAGCAAGAGCCACGUACGAAGUCAUUGUCGGAGGAAUUGGUUAUCUACUGAUGCUCGCUGUCAUGACGAUGAACGUCGGGUACUUCCUCUCUGUUCUGGGCGGCAUAUGGCUGGGAACCUUCUUCAUUGGCGGCUUAGCCAGCAAUAGCCCAGCUGGUCACUCAUAG